AUGGUGGCAAAUAGUUGCAAAUUCAUUCGGAAUCAUAACACAUGGUUACCAUCUAUCAUAUAUAAUGAAUGGAAUGUGUCAUGCACUUGCAAUAUUGGAUAUGAAUGGGAAUCAAGAUAUAGUAUGUGUAUUGACGUAAACGAGUGUACUAAGAAUUUUGAUUUGUGUGACAACAAGUCUGAAACUUGUAUAAAUCUUCCGGGACGCUACAAGUGUAUUUGUCGCUGGGGAUUCCAGUGGUCAGCAGAACAGCAAAUCUGUGUUCCGGAUACGUUGGUGAAGAGUGCGGAAAUCCGAUAUGGUCGGCGUUAUGAACGUGAUUUAACAACUUAUACAUCAACUUCAGUUUCUAAUAUGACUAAUUUCAUAUGGAAUUUCUUCAAAAACAUUUGGCAUCAAGUUCGUCACAGGAUUGGCACAUAG